AUGGUUAAACGCAAGCGAGAUAAUAACGAUACUUCCACGCGAAAGAAAGAGGAGCAGAAUUCCAUUCUUAUCAUAAAGUCAUACACCUACUGCGAGUCUUAA